UGGCAAAGGCAGACGUUGAGCCUCCAUUGAUCCGCCCCCCGGUGACAAACUAUGACUCUCUAAUUUCAUAUUUGAGGACGAUUUUCUAAGAACCUCCAAGAUGUUGGGAGGGUUGUUCAUAUACAACCAUAAGGGAGAGGUGCUCAUAUCUCGAGUAUACCGUGAUGACAUCGGCAGAAAUGCGGUGGACGCUUUCCGGGUGAAUGUGAUCCACGCUCGGCAGCAAGUCCGCUCUCCAGUCACUAACAUUGCUCGUACUAGUUUCUUCCAUAUUAAGAGAGCGAAUAUCUGGGUCGCUGCAGUAACAAAACAGAAUGUCAACGCUUCGCAAGUUUUUGAAUUCCUUCUGAAAAUGCUGGAGGUGAUGAGCAGCUACUUUGGAAAGAUCUCGGAAGAAAAUGUUAAGAACAACUUUGUCCUGAUUUAUGAAUUGCUUGAUGAAAUCCUGGAUUUCGGUUAUCCUCAGAAUACUGACACUGGUGUCCUAAAAACUUUCAUUACUCAGCAGGGAAUAAAGACAGCCACAAAGGAAGAACAAUCUCAGAUUACUUCACAGGUCACAGGUCAGAUUGGAUGGCGCCGGGAGGGCAUCAAGUAUCGUCGCAACGAGCUCUUCUUGGAUGUCAUUGAAUAUGUUAAUUUGCUGAUGUCUCCUCAGGGGCAGGUGUUGUCUGCUCACGUAGCAGGAAAGGUUGUGAUGAAGAGCUACUUGUCAGGGAUGCCAGAAUGCAAGUUUGGCAUUAAUGAUAAGAUUGUUAUGGAUGCCAAGAGAGGUUCAGGUGAUGAGAGUCAGCGAUCGGGAAAGACCAGUAUUGCCAUUGAUGACUGUCAGUUCCACCAGUGUGUGAAGCUGUCCAAGUUUGAGACCGAACAUUCCAUAUCUUUCAUCCCCCCUGAUGGAGAAUUUGAGCUGAUGAGGUACCGCACAACGAAAGAUAUUUCCCUGCCGUUCCGAGUGAUCCCCCUCGUCCGCGAGGUUGGCCGCACCAAGAUGGAGGUGAAAGUAGUCAUCAAGAGUAACUUCAAACCCUCUCUCUUGGCUCAGAAGAUUGAGGUGCGCAUCCCAACUCCUCUGAAUACUUCUGGUGUUCAGCUCAUCUGUAUGAAGGGAAAAGCUAAGUACAAGGCUUCUGAAAAUGCCAUUGUUUGGAAGAUCAAGAGAAUGGGAGGAAUGAAGGAAUCCCAGAUAUCUGCUGAGAUUGAAUUGUUGCAAACUGAUACCAAGAAGAAAUGGACCAGACCUCCCAUAUCCAUGAACUUUGAGGUACCGUUUGCCCCAUCUGGCUUCAAGGUUCGCUACCUCAAGGUGUUUGAGUCGAAGCUCAACUAUUCUGACCAUGAUGUAAUCAAAUGGGUGCGCUACAUCGGACGGUCGGGACUCUACGAGACCAGAUGCUAAUGCCAUGUAGCUUGGUUUAUGUCGAGAUCAGUAGUUCAUGGUACUCUGCAGCAUUGCUGUUAUAUUUUUUAUUUUAUUAUUUUUUUUAAAAUUUAUUUAUUUAUUUAUUUAUUUUUUUUUUUGAGAUAGGUAUUUGGCUAGCGAGCUAUUCCAUUUAUUUGACCAUAAAUGAAUGAGUUAUAAGUCACCUGUAUCUCUUUUUCUUGCUUUAGAGACAGAACAAAGUAAUUUACCAUUGAUGUCUAUCAAGUUAUUUUGUUGUAAAGUAUCAGAAAUUUCUCUUGUUGGUAAAUUAGUGGUCACACGAUUUCUUUCUAGUAUUGUAAAAAAGAAAAAUUAGCUGAUCGAAUAUCAAAGUCGGUGAUGGAUCAGAUAGAUCAUAUCAAGAGUGAAAGUUGUCAUUUACUUUUUAUUUUUUAAUGAUUUUCCGAAGUUGUUAGCCAAGUUUAAACUGACGUAAGAUGUGUUCACCGAGAACAAUAAGAAGAUAGGAUUAGAGGUUGUUGUUAUUAGUAGUUGUUCAUUAAUUGCAUGUGUAAAUAUAUAUAAUAUACAUUUAUUUAGUCAUUUAAUUUUUAUUUGAAAACUAUAGGUUCAUUUAUCAGUUAUAAUACCAGUGUAGAAUUAGCCAGUGAUGUUGAUAAAGACUAUGGACAUUCCCCCCACUUUUGUCUAGAUAUUUUUUGUUUCGUUUUGUCUUUUCCCUUCUGUAUUGUCAUGUAUCUCCGUCAUCAUAUUGUGGAGGAUGUCGCAUCCACAGGUGUUCCAUGUUUAUAUGGUAAGGAAAUGAUAGGUGUGAGAAAGAUGGUGGAUUUUGCUAAAUGACUUUGAAAAAGUGUUCUGUCAAAAAUAAUAGAAAAGUCUGUUGUUAUGUUUGUCUGUUUUUGUUGUUGCUACAGUAAAUGUUUUGGAAAAUGAAAAUUUUAAUCAUAUAUGCUUUUUUUUGUUUUUUGUUUUUAUUGAAAAUGUCAAAAUUAAUAUUAAAUGAUUUGAAGGAGAAACACAUUUGAUCAACAUCUCAAAAGUUACACUUUGAUUUUACAUAGCUUGGUUACUCCCAAGAUUAUUUACAUAAAGUCUCUGUUGCAUGUGUUUUAAUUUAUAUUAAUUGCUUUCUAACAGUGGGCAAAAAAAAUUACUUUCCAAUCCUUCUAAUUGGGCUUUAAGGCAUCUUCUCCUUAACAUUAGAUUUUUUAAUUUAUUUAUUAAUUUUCUUUUUGUUUGUUUUUUUUUGCUUUGGCAUGGUAAGACAUAGCUUUGGUGUAAUGUGACUAAAAUUAUGAGCAGUGGAAGUUUGGCUGAUACCUUUUAACAGGUAACCUCUACUCUCUGUUGGCCAGGCAGCUUUAUCAAUUCUUAGUCAUUAUUAUUAUCAUUACUAUUAUUAUUACUGCUAUUAUUUUAAUUUCAUUAAUUUGAACAAGAAUGAACAAAAGAGUAGAUCCUUAGAAAAAUGAAAUACAAAAGACUAGAACCUUUUCUAAAUGCAUUUGUAAGAUUCAUCAUACAAAAUGGUUAUAUAUAUAUAUCAUUAUUUGACUUUAGUGCCCAUGAAUCAGAAUUCAGGGUAAUUAUGCAUUACUUGUUACAUGAUAAUUCCAAUAGUUGCAGUUUAUUAUGAAAUUUUUCUCCUCUGAUAAGACAAAAGAAAAAGUUGCAUGGUUCUUGCCUGGUCAGCAUGAAUUCUGCCAAACUGUCGAGUCCCGGCUGGCCGAUGUUGUGCGCCCAGGUGAUGACGUCAUGGUCUAUUUAAGUUUCAGGAUGGCAAUGAUUUUAUUAUCAUUAUUAUAAUUAUUACUGCAUUUUUCCAAAAUUGCCCCCACCACCUUCCAAGUGUGUUGAUUCAUCUCUUCUCUUGCGUGUGGGUUGGCAUAACCUGGCUCGUGACCCCCCCCUUAUCCCACUACCAUCACCACCAUGUUUUGAUGGACCUCAGCCUUGAUUUACAACCGCUGGUCAUGUAGUUUUAGAGGAACAAAAGUACUCCUCAAUGU